AAUGGUUCGGUUUUGGCUCUCCGCCUGCUUCUUUGACGGCGGAUCGGGUGGACUUCUCCGGCUGGCGAGGCCUCUAAUGGAGUGAUCGAGACUUCGGACGUGAUUCCCGGUGGUAUACCGAAGGUUCCGCGCCUAGCUGCAUCGAGAUCGGCGACAGCCAUGGCGGCUCCCUUCUUCGCCUCCCCUUUCCAGCCCUAUGUCUACCAGGGUCAGGAAUCAGCAGUCACAGCUUUUCAGAUAUUAGGUGGAGAAUCUCAGAUUGUUCAGGUAAUGUUGAAAUCACAAGAAAAGCUUAUUGCAAAGCCUGGUACAAUGUGCUACAUGUCUGGGUCAAUUCAAUUCGAGAACAAUUACAUCCCUGAGAAUGAAGCUGGGUUAUGGCAUUGGAUUUUUGGCAAAAGUGUGACAAACGUAGUUCUUUCAAAUCUUAGUGCUGAGGAUGGAUUUGUUGGAAUAGCAGCACCAUCUCCUGCAAGAAUACUUCCAAUUGACUUGUCAAAUUUUGGCGGUGAACUACUAUGUCAGCCAGACGCCUUCCUUUGCUCUGUCAAUGAUGUUAGAAUUUUGAGUAAUGCUGAUCAAAGACCUCGCAACAUUGAGGUUGGUGCAGAGGUGAUUCUCAAACAGAAGCUAGUAGGGCAGGGCCUAGCAUUUCUUGUGGGGUGUGGAUCUGUUGUGCAGAAAAUUCUUGCUCCAGGAGAAGCAUUCGUAGUCGAUGCUGGCAGCAUCGUCGCAAUGUCAAGCACUAUCACUUCUCAGCUAAAGCCCUCCAUUGCAAUGCGGAGGAUUGUGUUUGGGGGUGAUAACCAGUUGAUGGCCACUUUAACUGGUCCCGGAGUCGUUUUUAUUCAGAGUUUACCUUUCCCUCGCCUUUCUCAGCGGAUUGCAAGAGCAGUUGCAUCUCCAAGCUUGAGAGAUAACCCAAAGUUCUUCAUGCAGAUCGCGCUCCUCUUUUUCUUAGCCUAUGUCAUGAUUGUAUCGUCAUUAAUUUUGACAGAUGUUUAGCUUUGACAUCUGAUCUCUGCAAAUUCCUGACGGCUAUAGGAUUUUUCCCAUCUCAUUUUGUUAGAUGUAGAUGUUCUUAAGAUGACAAGAGUUUGAUUCAGUUGUCUAGUUUUUUUUUCCCCGAAUCUUUUUGAUGUGAGAAAUAGGUGCGUCAUUACUGUCUAAUUGAUUACUGCAAGAUUAUGUAUGGGUGCAGAAUGACAAUAAAAAAUUGUGCUUAUUUAAAUCCAUUUCUGUUCAGCAGUCA